UUCUUUCUUUCCUCCAACCCGAUCAAGCAGAGCCUCCCCUCCCCACUGCGACACUUCAAGCUCGCUAGGCUUCAAGAGCGUACAGGGAGACCGAUCGAUCGAGCGAGCGAGCGGCUAGAAUGGCGGCGACAGGGAGCGCUAAGAGCCGACGGUUCGCCGCAGCGUGCGGCGUUCUCAGCCGCUGCAUCAAGGCGGCGGAGGCGCGGCCGGUGGCUCUCCCCCUCAUGCCCGGAGCGGAAGUUCCCGCGCUGCAAGACGAGCACGUGGUGGGUCCUGCGCCGGAGCACGCGCAGAUGACCAUCUUCUACGGCGGGCGGGUGCUGGUGCUGGACGAGGUCCCGGCCGACAGGGCCGCCGAGCUGCUCCGUGUCGCUGCCGCAGCAGGCACCAAGAGAGGGGACGGCGACCUGCCCAUGGCGAGGAAGGCGUCGCUGCAGAGGUUCAUGGAGAAGCGCAAGGGAAGGCUCGCCGAGCGCGCCGUCCCCUACAGCAGGCCCGACGGCAACGCGGCCUCCUGUAACCGUCUCACGCUCACGCUCUGAUUCGUGUUCAUGCGUGGUAGAGUAGCUUGAGUAGUUUACGGUCCAUGUAAAUGUGUGGCUGUUGUUGGAGUCCAAAUUCUGAAUUAUGAUGAGAAAAUAUUGUUGUCGUUGUUUUGACCAACAGAUCAUGGCGAAUUGGCUUGACUGGCUUCUUUUA